AUGGCAAAACAAGGACAGGCUCUUCAAUCAUUCACAACAGAAUUGAUUAACUGUUUGGACAGUUUAAAAACUAAACGAGAAGAACUACAAUUGGUAAUAGAUUUAGAAGAAUUAGAAAAAGCUAAAUUACAAACAGAAAUCGAAUGUUUAUCGAAUAGAUUAUCUGUCAUAAUGACGAGUCUAACGAAAAAAAUGGCCAUGAGAUUGGAUUUAGACAGAGCUAUAUCAGAACCGGAAAAAGCAAUGUGUAACCUUUUGGAAAAUUCAAGAGCCAUUGUUAAUCACGUCAAAAGAGAAAUAUCGACUCUUUUUCCUGAAGAUAUAGGUACGUGUCCAACGAGUGCAACACAAAUAUGUUUAAUCGAUACUUGUCCAAUUGUUUCACCUCCAACAACAACAACAAACAACAACAGCAUUCAACCCUCUCAACAAAUAAUUAAUUCACAAAUUACAACAGUUAAUAUUUCUGUUUCUUGUAAGGCGGCCACCGGUUUAUGA